UUUUAUUUUACCCAACUGAAGUCCCUUUAUGCUCAGAACGCAGGAGGUGUCUCCAGUCUCGACUUCACUUCUCAUUCGCCUUCGGCAGAUUCAUCGGCCACCACCUCUAUUCCUCUUGUCAGCGUGCCACUUGAGCCAAAAAAUGUCAAUAUUACCGUACCUAUUGAUACUCAGUCUUCAUCUGGAGUUGUAAGCCUCUCUGUGCCUGUCCCAGUGACUGAUAUAAAUGUGGAUGGUCCAUCGGCGCCUGUUGCCGUUUAUAUUGGUGAUUCCGCUACUGCUGCUUCUUCUGUCGACAACACUGAUGGAUCUGUCCCCGUUGGCGGCAUAAAUAAGAGUGAUAAUGGUGUGGGUUUGAAUACUGAGCUGAGUGGAGGGAUUUUGUCUCGUGGUUCUGAUGUCGACAUGCUGGAUGCGUUACGCGAAAACUCUCGGCCAGAGGCGGUGUUUGCGUUUCCACCAGUCUCUCGACUGACUCUCAAUUUUAUCUCGCCCGAACUUGAAACUGCAUAUCGCCGAUCCGGUCUCGCUCGUCCUCGGCCAAGCAACAAUGCAGCUGCAGCUGGUGGUUCUGGUAGAGAUGGCGGUGGGGCCAUCGGCUGCAGUGUUGUCAAGUUAACUUGGGCUACAUCGCGCAUCACACCGCUUAUCAACCUCACUACUAAUUCUGUCUUUUUCUUGUGCAUAUUUGCUUGUUGCUUAACCGCUUAUCCCAGUAUUCGCACUACUGGCUCUGUCGUCUUUUUCCUUUUGAGUAGUCUCGGCUUUUUCUCUUUACUAGCUUUGUUCACCGUAAUCCUAGCUGACAUGUCAUUCUGGAUCGGUACCACUUCGGCUGCCCAUCUUUGCCACCGCCGCGAACGACGUCAAAAUAUUGAAAAAGCGAAGACGAGCAGUCCAAUCGUUUCUACGUUUCAGCGGCGUGCUGUAGCUGCGUAUAGAGCUUUGUUCCGUUGGCGUACUCGCAACCUCAUCGGAGCUCUUGUUCUAUUUCUGCCUUCCUCACUCGUGCUGGCAAGCUUUCGCCCUUGCCUCUUUCAAAGUCAAGUUUGGGCGAACGAAACGGCUCUUGAUCUGGCCUCGAUUAUGGUGAAAAAUAAGAGUGUAUUGAGUAGCUCCAUUUACCUUACAAACGAUCACCUCCUGCCUACCCUUUCUGUUGUCGCAGGCUACCGUACCAUUACUGGCCUGUUUUGUUGUUUCAUGUUGUUCAACUUUACCCUAUUUACUAUGUACUCCUCAUGGACAAAGUCGCUUUCAGCUAGCUUUACUGGCCUGCUUGGAAUUAUUCUGCUUCAUUGGCCCAUCCAGCCGCCGCACGCUUGUUCUGAAGCUCUCGAAUCUGCCGAGUGGGCUGGUCGCCUCUUCCGCCUACAAUAUAACGACCAUCUGAGUAGCCAACUGCCCGCCUGGGUAAUGCCUGCGGCUCUUAAUGAGAUCACCUGGGAGCUAUCUGUGAUCCUAGUUCUUAGCCUUGCUCUUGUAUGGGCACUCAAUCGCGAGUUCGAUGUCAGUUUCAGAGUCAGCUUUAACCGGGACUCGGAGGCACGUUGCGCAAGGCUUGCCAUUAGUCGUGAAAAGAUUCAAGCUGAAUGGUUGCUGGAAAAUAUCAUUCCCGUCUAUAUCAUGGAUAGUCUUCGUCUAACCAACAAGUACUCUCAACAUAUCGACGAUGCCGGAGUGGUAUUUGCAACCAUUUCUAACUUCUCCGAAUUCUAUGAUGAACAGUAUCAGGGUGGACAGGAGAUGUUGCGUGUGCUGAAUGAGAUAUUUGCCGACUUUGAGCACCAGCUUGUUGCCUCACCGCGUUAUAAAGGCGUGGAGAAGAUAAAGACUAUCGGCGCUUGCUUCAUGGCCGCCUCCGGUCUUAACCUUGCUGAGAGGGCACACAACCGCCGGCCGGGGACGCAUCUUUGUGCUCUAAUGGACUUCGCAAUGAAUUUGAUCACCACUCUGGAAGAAUUCAAUCGGCAGAUGUUCAGCUUCAAAUUUGAGCUUAAAGUAGGUUACAACAUCGGUGAAGUAACCGCCGGUGUGAUCGGUACUACAAAGCUGCUCUACGACAUCUGGGGCGAUACAGUGAACGUAGCUAGCAGAAUGUACUCCACCGGACAGAAGGGCCGUAUCCAAGUUACACAAGCGGUGGCCGAAAGACUACAGCCUUGGUAUGCAUUCGAAUAUCGCGGUGAGGUCUUUGUAAAGGGCAAGGGGAACAUGAAAACUUACCUGCUGGUGGGCAAGAGGCCACAUCAGAGCUCCAAUGCUCUGACCUCUCUUGCUGGGUCCACAGACACUAGCACUGGUCGAUGA